AACAUUAAACAUGAAGUGUGUGUGUGUGUGUGUGUGUGUUUAUGUUAGUGAAAGUGACAGUGGAAAUAAAAUAUGUGCGGUUUGUUAAAUUCGAUAUAAUAUUUUGUUUCCAAUAACGUGGCAAACUACUUAAAACGAAAAUCGGUUCCUAACCCCGGACCAAUUUUCUGGCAACCAACAUUUAAAUGUUUCUUGUCAGUAUGGUUUCUUUUCAUAUCUGGUAAAAAAAAAAAAAAAAAAAACAGAUUUGAAAAUACUACUAACUUUAUUUGUAUGAUAACAUUUAAAAAAAUGUGUAUUCAAAAUACCAACCCUAAAAUAUUUGCAGUGCAUUUUCACCUUUUAUGUUCAUCUCAGUUGUCUUUCAAUGUACGUCAUCGCUGUGUUGUAUUGGUCUGACGUCACUCCUUUCGUAACAGUCAGCUGGAAAGAGUUUGCGCAAGUUUCACUUUAUUGCCCGGUUGAGAUUGAGCCGCUCCUGCUUUCCUCGGUUUCACCGUACUUUUGGUUUUAAUUAAACAGAGAUGAUGGAUUUAAACUCGGAAUCCGUGAAGAAAGUUCUCUCUAAGUAUAAAUUUCGUGAUGUUGCUGUCGAAGAGCUACAGAAAGUGUCUCGCCUUCAUCCUGAUAUGAAAUUAAUAUCUGGAACAUACACGUCUAGUGACAGUUUACAGAAGGAUCUGCUCAAACUGGUUGGAAACAUCCCAGUUAGAUAUCAAGGGCGCUCCUAUAACCUGCCCAUCCUGCUGUGGCUCUUGGAUUCGUUUCCUUUCACGCCUCCCGUCUGCUUCCUGAGACCCACGUCCAGCAUGGUGAUACGGGAGGGUAAACACGUGGACUCGAAGGGCAGAAUACACCUGCCGGGCCUGCACACCUGGGACCAUCCGAAGUCAUCUGUGAACGGGCUUCUGGCAGAGAUGAUAGCUAAGUUUGAGGAGGAAGCUCCACUGAGCACCAAAUCUGCAGCACAGGGCGACGAUCCCAACAAUCUGCUGACCUAUGUGUCAAAUCUCAGCCUUCACGAAGGUGGAAAUCGGCUUGAUCAGGAGGUUAAGGUCUCUGUGAUUGGUGGAGGAGAUUUAGGAAUCGCUGCUGUGUUGAGUAUUAUGGCAAAAGGCUGUGUUGACAAACUGGUUUUGAUUGACAUGCCUGAGACUUCAACCAAAGGUGGCACAAUGGAUUUGGAGAUUUUCAGUUUGCCGAAGGUCGAGGUCUCAAAAGACCUGUCCGCCUCGGCGGGCUCUAAGGUGGUGGUGAUCACAGCCAAUGCCUGGAGCGAUGAGCAGUCAUAUCUGAGUGUAGUUCAGACUAAUGUGGACAUGUGCUGUGUUAUCAUAUAUAGUAUUUUUAAGAUCAGUUUUAUUUAAAUGCUGCUCAUCGCCUCUCAACCAGUGGACAUUAUGACACAUGUUGCCUGGAGACAGAGUCAUCUUCUGCCCCCUCAGGUGAUCGGUGUGGGCUGUAAUCUGGACUCGGAGAGACUGUCUCACAUCAUCAACAUUUCACUGGUGGCGAAUAGCACAGGCAAGCAGGCCUGGGUCAUCGGAGAACUGUCCGAGAACAAGGUGGCAUUGUGGGGUAAUAUGGGGCCAGGAACUGACCAGCUACAAGCGUUAACUCCAGUGUCCAACUCCACCAAACCAUUAAUGGACAGGGCGUUAGAGAUGCUCAAAGGCAGAGGUCAGAGGUCAUGGUCAGUCGGGUUGUCCAUUGCUGACAUUAUUCACAGCAUUGUAACGGACAAAAAGAAGAUACACUCUGUCACAACACUGGCUGAGGGUUGGGGUGGAAUCGGUUCCAAAGUGUUCCUCAGCUUGCCUUGCAUCCUCGGGGUAAACGGCUCUACCCGAUUACCAGGAGUGGCUCUGGGUUCAGAGGAUGAAAUGAAGCUGAGGGAGAGUGUGGCGUGUCAGGUCAACCUCUUCAUGCAGCUGAGAUUGUAACUCAGGUACUGGAUGAAACAGCAUCGCUUCUACAAACGGUGCAUUUUCUCUGCAAGCUCUGUUACAAUCGCAGCUUUAAGACGCUGUCAAUUUCUCACGGAAUGUAAAGAUGCACUUUAGUCCUUCCUGCAGUACUUGCUUAUCUUAUAUUCUCACAGCAGCCACUGGGAAGUGACAGUCCUCCAUCUGACAGCAAUAGCACUGAAGAUUUUAUCUAGGCUUCAUGUGAAGCAUUAUGCAUAUUAUUAUUGCACUUUUUUACAAUACAAACUAUGUAUAUGCAAUCCUGUUUGUCAUAUGACUUUUAAGUGGUUACCUGUGAGUAUAAUGCAACAAUGGUGCCUUUAUGAAAGUGAAAUUAUGGUAGAAAGGUAAAACGAAUGGCUUCAAGUGCUUGUUAAAUGCUGUUACCAAUCAGGCAGAUCUGUGAUGAAGGUUUGCUUGUUUUAAAUCAAUUAAAGGGCAUGGGUUCCUAAUGUGCUUUUAUGCAAGUGAAUGUAUAUUUAUAAAGAAAUAUUUGACCCUGGCGUUAUAUUUUAUCACGUUGUGCUUGUGCCAUAUUCCUUUGAAUGUGACAUUAGAAUUGACAACAGCAAUAAUGUAAAUAUUAAAAUAAACACUCCACUUUA